AUUGUAGAUUUGGGAGGAGGAGAUAUUUUGCUGUAUUUUGUAGGUAAUGAAAAACUUAGUGUUUAAAACUGAAAUCAUGCACUCAAAUAUAUAAAGAUUCUCCAAAUUAAUUGGAAUGAAUACCUUAUUAUAGGCUUGACAGGCAUCCCAAUAAUUCACAAAUCUAUUUUCAAUUCAGCUUUUUUAAAUUCCAGAAACAAAACAUAUAUACACUUACUGUACAGUCAGGAGUUGGUUAAAUUACCAAUAUAUUUCACUAAUUUCUUUGCCCAGUAUUGUUUCCUACAGCCUAUUUCCUCCCUAAAAAGGGAUCUGUUUUUUUCUGGCUAAGUGUAUACUUUUACUUAGUACAUACUUUUACUUUCUCUUUCAACUAGGAUCUCUGGGUAAUACUAUCUUAGCCUUUGUUUGAAAUGCAUUUUUUCUUGCUUAUUCUCAAAUAGAUGAUUUGUCAAUAUACAGAAUUCUAAUUUGAUAGUUAGUUUCUCUUAGCAUUUUGUAAAUAGUACUGCAUUGUCUUCUGACAUCUAUUGUUGCUGCCUUGGAGUCUGCAGUCAAUCCGAGUAUCAUUCGUUUGUGAGCUGUUAGGCUCCUCUGGUAAUGUUUAUGCUUUUCUCUUUAUCCUUGAUGUUUUGCAGUUUUAUUCUUAUAUUUCUAGGUGUAAACUUAAAGUUAUUUGCAUUUGUCAGAACUGUUGUGCUUUUAUUAAUUCAAUCAUUCAUUCAUUCAGCUAUUCAUAUCACAUUUAUUGGGCACGUACCAUGAAUGCUAAGCAAUGUUUAAAAACCUUGAACGAAUGGUAGAAAUAUCUGUCUUCAUGGACUUACCUUCAAGUUGGGGAGGUAUACAGUAUCUGAUAACAUAUUUCUCAAUUCCAAGAUACAUCCUGAUUUCUGAGAUGUUAAAAUGUGGACAAGCACAGUCAUUGGUGUUGUAGUUUAAACGGCAGGACUUUUCUUGGCUUAGUGGUAUGUAAACUAUACUGUCUAAAAUUGAUUUUGUUUUAGAUUUGAUUAAAUAUGAUAAGUAAAAUAAUUUAGUAUGUUGAAUAGUGGUCCGUGUUUUGGGAAAAAACAGUAGACAGGAAGGGGAUAAAAUGUGGGAGAAUGGUUUGCAAUUUUAAAUAAGAUGGAUGAGGAAAGCCUCACUGUGAAGGUGACCAUGAAGUAAGACAUGAAGGAAAUGAGGAUGCAAAGCUGUGGAGAUCUAAGGGGAAGAACAUCAAUACUGUCUUACAGUUCACUAAUUUUUCCUUCAAAGGUACCCAUUUAUAGAGAUUAUCCCAGAAUUUGAGUUUCUUUAGUUCAAUAACUAUUUUUCUAACAAAGCUUUUCCUGUCUACCUUUUCUUUUUUCAUAUCUGUUCUUGUUUUGUAAUUUUUUCCUAUUUUUUUCCUGUGUGUAUGUGUGUGUGUGUGUAUGUAUGGAUAGCACAUUUAAAUAAAGUAUAAGGAUUUGGAACAAAAUGGUUUUUGUGAGCCUUUUAUAAAUUACAGUCAUAAGGUAACAUUUAUGUUGGGUUCUCAGAAAGCUACAUGUAUACAAUCUCACUCUUCCAAAGUUAACAUAAACUUUGGGAAUUUUGAUUUUCUCCACCACCUUCCCCUUUUUGUCCAGUGUUUAAAAAAGCCUUUGUCUUCUAGCUUUUCUUGUUUCUUCCUUGUUGUCUUAUACUUAAGUCAAUUUGCCUGUAACUUUUACUUCCAGUUUCUUACUGCUUAUUUUCUCUUUAAAUUCCAUAGAUUUGUGAAAGUGCUUUCUGUACAGGAGAACAGUCUAUGUACACAUUGUUCCUGCCAUGUGGCCUCGAUCCCCACUGCUUUCAGCUUAUGGUGAUCUCCUUGCCAUUUUGGUGGUCUAUACGUUAUUCUCAUCUUCUUGAUAUCUUUGUAUUCAUAGUUCUUGAAAUUCCAAAAGUCCUGUAAUACAGUGCUGUUAGGAUUUUCUUCCUAUUAUCUGUUCUUUUUAUUUUCCUUUUCCCUGUAUCAAUCUUUAUCUACAUGUGGUUGAUUUGCAAGUCUUUAUGUAAAGUUCUCAUUGUUCAUUUGCUUUUAAGAAACACUCUUACCUCGUCCAUCUCUCCAUAAUCAGACUCCUGUGUCCUGUUAGCAGCAAUCCUUUGUCAGUAUGACUGUAGUAGCACUGAAGUCUCCCUUUGAGAUGAAUAUAUCAUAAACUAUGUUGUCCCCUAAGUAAAACAGAAAGAUUCAGAGAAUUAGAUUUCACAGCUGAAAGUGAAAUUAGAAGUCGGUUGGUCCAUCACCUUCAUUGCCUGGGUAAUAAUAGCUCACAUUUUUCAUUACAUGCCAAAAGUCAUUGCAGCAGAGACUUCUAGUUGGCCUUUUUGCCAGCAGUGACUUGUCUCUCUUCUCUAAGUCGUCCUGGCUACUCAUUUCUCCCUUCUGAUCGAGAAACUACUUCUGAUAGUCACUGAAAGUGACUUCCAGCACUUACUAAGUCAGGUGCAAAUUCCACUUCUUGGCAUCCGGCACUCUUAGUCUUAAUUUUUGAACCUUUUCAAAAUAGUCAUAGUAUCCAACUUAGGAAUUUAUUUUAUUUUUAAGAUAUAUUUGGAAAUUAAUUUUUACCUAUUUGUUUCUAUGGGAAGUUGUGAUCCAGUUUUUGUAUUGCAUUUCCAGUUUAUCCUACAUGAUCGUAUUUUAGCUCAUAAUGUACCUGGAGUAACUAUUCUUACAUUGCAAAUGUAAAUGAGAAGGAUGUUUACUUUUACCAUACUCCCACCUUAUACUCCCCCAUAUGCUAUACUUCCCUACACAUAGCACUUACCAUGCUUUACUGUCAUUCUCUGUAAUCCAAAGAAAUGCAAAUACAGGUAUUGUACCAGAACCAGAUAAGUAACAUUAAAGUAUGAAAUAGGCCAGGUGUGACGGAAAUAAUACAAAAUGGGGUACACAGGCACUUUCUAAAAGAGAAAGCUGAUCCUCGGCGAAAGCUCUUAUCACAGGGAAAUUUGGGUUCGGUGUUGCUGAUCUGAUUUUUCAAAAGAAGCCUGAAAUCAGUUUUUAUGUGAAUUUUUUAAAUUUUCAAAACAUUGCAACAAGUCAAACUGAAGGUUGGAUCUAGCCCUUAAGAUGCCAUCUAACAGUGAAAAUUGGUUUUAUUCUCUACAAAUUAAGAUUAAAUCUAUUUUGUGGCCUUUCAUAAUAUUGCCAAUUUUGAUUUAAGGUUUUCAAGUUGUAUGUAUUUUUUUUUAGCUAUAAAGAGAAAUGGCUUCUUUUUGCUGUUUGUUUGUGUGUGUGUGUGUGUGUGUGUGUGUGUGUGUGUGUGUGUUUGGAGGGGGAUGAUUAGGUUUGUUUGUUUCAAUGGAGGUAUUGGGGAUUGAACCCAUGACCUCAUACACGCUAAGCACGCACUCAACCACUGAGCUAUACCCUCCGACCUUGAGAAAUGGUUUCAUUUAUUCAACAAAUUUGAGCUCCAUUUCAGUGCCAAUCAAAGAAUAAAGAUUUUAAGAAAACAAGAUUGCUGUCUUAAGCUCACAAUUUAAUGGAAGAAACAAAAUUUAUUACAACUACAUUUAAUUUCUUACUAUUUAAAGAACAUUUAGAACUAUCAGCAUAUCAGGGUUAUGUGUCCUUAAAAUUCACAAUGUAGCCAAUACAUGGUGGAUAAGAUUACCAUAGUUAAUCAUAAAUAUAACUCAUUCUACAGCGCUUACGCCUGAGAGGUUUGGGGCAUAUGCAAGUCCAAUCAAAGUGAAGCAAAACUGGAAUGUAACUCAAGUGUAGCCAAAAGUAUUAUGUUAUACACCAGCAGAGCUUAGUUCAGAUACCAGUACUGCUGCUUAUUAAUUGUGUGACUGUUGAUAAAUUUCCUAACUUUUCUUAUCAAUCUGAGGACAGAAACCCUGUAUUACUAAUAUUCUUAGCACUUAACACAGUACCUGUUAUAUAAUAGACACUCAAAUAUUUUUGAACAACUGGCUUCUAUUCCUGUUACUUUUUUUUUUUUUUUGGCUGAGGGGAGGGAGGUAAUUAGGUUUAUGUAUUUUAGAGGAUGUACUGGCCAUUGAACCCAGGACCUUGUGCAUUCUAGGCAUGGGCUCUACCACUUGAGCUAUUUCCUCCCCCUCAUGUUACUUCUGACUUAAAGUAUCUUUAGAUUGGUCAGAAGAUUGAGUAUAUGUGGGGUAAGGUAAAGAAUAGAGGCUUAUGAGAGGGGAAGCCAGAAAUGGGGAGGAGGAAAAGGCUUUUUGGGUGAUGGGGGAAAAUUAAAAAGCCAUGGCCAAGUGGAAUUUUCUACUCUGCCCCCUCACUCUUUACUAAUACUCCCCUUAGGCCUGAGCCAGAGGGAGUCCUGGCCUUGGGCCCUGUGCGCUAGGAAGCCCAGUCUGCUGCUGCUCUGGAACUUCGCUCCCUACGGGCCAGAGUCCAGAGAGCCAAAGAGGUGUGUUCACAUAUACUCCUCCUCUAAACCACAUCUUUUUUCCUGUGAAUAUUUACACUAAAAAAAUGUAUAGUAUGUACUCACAUGUUACAAACAAACAAAAAAACAGUUUUAAAAAGAUUUAUGGAUUUUUUUCUUUUUUAAUUUAAGAAUAUCUCAGCUCUCUAUAUUAGAUCCCCAUGGAGUUAUUCAUAUUGAUCUAUCUCAUUCUUUAAAACUCUACGUCAUAUUCCAUAAUAACAAUACUAUAGUAUAUUUAGCCAUUUCCUUAUGGGGGGCUUUUAGAUAAUUUGUAUUUUUUUUCUGUAUAAUACGGAGUGCUACAGUGAAUAUACCCUUUGUACACAAAUGCAAAUAUCUCUACUUUCUACUCCAUGUAUGUAAUGUGGCCACAGACUUAUGAAAACCAGACUAACAACAGAUGGAAGAUGUGGAACAGUUGUCAGGGACUACUUUAAUGACUUAUAACCAUCACUAUUGGAAGAAGAUGGCCAGAAAGACAAGCAGGGAAAGACAAUAAUGAUUGACUGGCUGUCCUGGCCAUUGGCUCAGCACGUAGACACAUGGGUGAUUGCACUCCUGAAAGGACUGGCAGCUGUCCAGAAGUUUACUAUUUUGAUAGAUGUUACUUUACUGAAAAUAGAACUGGUUUUCAAUCGUCUUUGGUUUCCUCUUGUGAGACCCGGUGCUCUUGCAGUUCUUUCUCACAUGCUGCUGAGCUUCCAGCAUUCGCCAGAGGCGUUCCACUUGAUUGUUCCUCAUGUAGUUAACUUGGUUCACUCCUUCAAAAGUGAUGGUCUGCCCUCCAGUACAGCCUUCUUAGUGCAGUUAACGGAAUUGAUACACUGUAUGAUGUAUCACUAUUCUGGAUUUCCAGAUCUCUACGAACCUAUCCUGGAAGCAGUAAAGGAUUUUCCUAAGCCCAGUGAAGAGAAGAUUAAAUUGAUUCUCAAUCAAAGUGCCUGGACUUCUCAAUCCAAUUCUUUGGCAUCUUGUUUGUCUAGACUUUCUGGAAAAUCUGAAACUGGGAAAACUGGUCUUAUUAAUCUAGGGAAUACCUGUUAUAUGAACAGUGUUAUACAGGCAUUGUUUAUGGCCACGGAUUUCAGGAGACAAGUAUUAUCUUUAAAUCUAAAUGGGUGCAAUUCAUUAAUGAAAAAGUUACAGCAUCUUUUUGCCUUUUUGGCUCAUACACAGAGAGAAGCAUAUGCACCUCGGAUAUUCUUUGAGGCUUCCAGACCUCCAUGGUUUACCCCCAGAUCACAGCAAGACUGUUCUGAAUACCUCAGGUUUCUACUAGACAGGCUCCAUGAAGAAGAAAAGAUCUUGAAAGUUCAGUCCUCACACAAGCUGUCCGAAAGUAUGGGGUACAAUGAAACUUCUUUACAAGAAGUAGCCAGUAAGGCAGCUGUACUAACAGAGACCCCUUGCACAAGUGAUGGUGAGAAGACAUUAAUCGAAAAAAUGUUUGGAGGAAAACUACGAACUCACAUACGUUGUCUGAACUGCAGGAGUACCUCACAAAAAGUGGAAGCCUUUACGGAUCUUUCACUUGCCUUUUGUCCUUCCUCUUCUGUGGAAAACUUGUCUUUUCAAGAUCCAGCAUCAUUACCCAGUACACAGGAUGGUGGUCUAAUGCAAGCCAGUGUACCUGGUCCUUCAAAAGAACCAGGAGUCUGUAAUCCAGCAACAGCUGCCUUUGUCUGUGACUCAGCUGUGAAUGAAAGAAUGGUGGACAGUUCCGAUGAGUUUCGCUGUACUGAAGACACUUCUGUCCCUAAUGACUCUAGCAAGAUUCUUGUUAAUAAGGAUGUACCUCAGAAACCAGGAGGUGAAAUCACACCUUCAGUAACUGACUUACUACAUUAUUUUUUGGCUCCAGAGAUUCUUACUGGUGACAACCAAUAUUAUUGUGAAAACUGUGCCUCUCUGCAGAAUGCCGAGAAAACUAUGCAAAUUACGGAGGAACCUGAAUACCUAAUUCUUACUCUCCUAAGAUUUUCAUAUGAUCAGAAGUAUCAUGUGAGAAGAAAAAUUCUAGACAAUGUGUCACUGCCACUGGUUUUGGAGUUGCCAGUUAAAAGAACUACUUCUUUCUCUUCAUUGUCAGAAAGUUGGUCUCUAGAUGUUGACUUCACUGAUAUUAGUGAGAAUCUAGCUAAAAAAUUAAAGCCUUCUGGGACUGAAGAAGCUUGCUGCCCAAAAUUGGUGCCCUAUCUAUUAAGUUCUGUUGUCGUUCACUCUGGUGUAUCCUCUGAAAGCGGGCAUUACUACUCUUAUGCCAGAAACAUCACAGGUACAGAGUCCUCAUACCAGAUGUGCCACCAGCCCGAAACUCUGGCGUUAGCCUCCUCCCAGAGUCAUUUACUAGGGAGGGAUAGUCCCAGUGCAGUGAUUGAACAGGAUUUGGAAAAUAAGGAGAUAUCAAAAGAAUGGUUUUUAUUUAAUGACAGCAGAGUGACGUUUACUUCAUUUCAGUCAGUCCAGAAAAUCACGAGUAGAUUUCCAAAGGACACAGCCUAUGUGCUUUUGUAUAAAAAACAGAACAGCACUAAUGGUUUAAGUGGUAAUAAUUCAACCAGUGGACUCUGGGUAAAUGGAGACCCACCUCUCCAGAAAGAACUAAUGGAUGCCAUAACAAAAGACAAUAAGCUGUAUUUACAGGAACAAGAGUUGAAUGCUCGAGCCCGGGCCCUACAAGCUGCAUCUGCCUCCUGUUCAUUUCGGCCCAAUGGAUUUGAUGACAAUGAUCCACCAGGAAGCUGCGGACCAACUGGUGGUGGGGGUGGAGGAGGAUUUAAUACUGUUGGCAGACUCGUAUUUUGAUGCUGAGAGAGUCCAAAUGCACUGGUCACAAAACAGCCAAUAUUAUGACUGUUAAAAUGUCAGACUGUAACAAGUAUCAUAUCUAUCUUUUAUUUUUCUUUUCAUUAGACCCUUAUACUUUGAGAAAACACAUUCAGUGCUUGUUUUUAUUUUCUUGACAAUACAUUUAUUAACAAAAUGCAUCAUGGGAAAAAAAUCUACCUCUUAAAAUUCCAUUUGCUUUUAUGGUUAGACAUGCUUGACCAAAAAUUUUCAGAGGAAAAUAUAUACCUGGUCCCUAAUUAAGCUGCAUUAAAUUUAGUAGAGGUAUUUAAAUGGUCCUGUCCUUGGUUUUACUGAAAGAAAAAAAAAAUUUCAUUUAUUAUCCUUUAUAAAAGAAUUGGUAUUAGAGUUGAAGGAAAUAUUGUUAAAAAGGAAAGAAAAAAUCUUUUAUUUAGAUUACCUGUGUAGUUAUCCAUUAUUAAAUUCAAGUCUUUGAAAAUACUAGAGAUGAUACAGUCUCUCUUGAAGGCAAUAACAUAAAAUUCAUCCAGCUGUAGUACUUUUCAGGUUUGUGUAGUGCUGUCUUCAGCAUCACUGUAUCUGCAUUUCAAGUACAAAUGUUUUAAAAAAGGAUUAUUUAUACAUAUGUGCUGAAUUGAUUUUAAGAAAGGUGCAUGAUCCUGUAGGAGCCACAUUUUUACCUAAAAAUUGCUAACUUUGUAGUAUUUCUAAUUAUUUGAGGAUUUUAAAAAUUCUAUUUCAGGGAGUAUAUCUUCUGUGUGUUUUGAAGGAGGUGAGUUCUGUAUGUGCCUUGCAGUACUGUAAUUCAAAAAUAGGAAUCUUUGGCUGCGGAAAAGUUUUUUUUAAAUGAAAAAUGUUAGGAAGUAAUUUUUUGUGCUAACAUUAAAAUUAUAACUUUUUGAAAGGUAUUAGAUUUUCCUGAAGUAAAAUCUGAUGGUUCUAAAUCAAUAAGUGUGAUAGUUUGUUUUUAACUCUUAGAAGAAUUCAGAGGAAAUGAACCUAGUCACGUAAAAAAAACUUUGAUUUUUGUUACUUAAUCCUCAGAAUAUUAAAAAUUGAUCACAUAUUUUUAGAGUCGUUCAUCCGGGUUUUUCUGAGUUUGUUGUUGUUGUUGUUGUUUGAGUCAUAUGUUUUGCACAAUUGUUUCACAGUUUGAGAUAAAAUGUCAAAAUGUCA